CUACGUCCGCACUUCUCUCUCUCUCUGCAUCUAUAGACUGUAGCCAACGGAGAAGUCACGGCGAAAUCAUCCGUCCGUUUCUCAUACUUUAACAAAACACCAAAGAAUACGUUUAUUAUGGAGUCAAUAUUAGCGUUAUUUUUGCUCUGUAUAACGGGAACCCAUGUAAGCUGUAUCCCAGGCCCGUUAGAAGACGUGGUUAUUGAUCGGUAUGACAUUCCAAGAGUUUGUCCCAGAGAAGUGCAAACGGGAGAUUUCGUCCGUUAUCAUUACAACGGUACCUUCACCGACGGCAAGAAGUUCGAUUCAAGUCAUGAACGUGGUGCACCCUUCAGUGGCCAGGUGGGACUGGGGCUUCUCAUCACUGGUCUGGACAGGGGAGUCCAGGGCAUGUGUGUCAAUGAGCGCAGAAAAGUUACUGUCCCCCCACACCUUGCCUAUGGAAGUAUAGGAGCAGGUGAUGUGAUCCCUCCUGACACUGUGUUGGUGUUUGAUGUGGUUCUGCUCGACAUCUGGAACACAGAAGACAAGGUCCAGACACGCACCCUCAGCAAACCUGAGAGCUGCAAGCGCCUCGUGGAAGCUACUGACUUCAUCCGUUAUCACUACAACGGCACACUGCUGAACGGUGUACCCUUCGACUCCAGCCACUCUAGGAACGGCACCUAUGACACGUACGUGGGCAUGGGCUACCUCAUUAAGGGCAUGGAUGAGGGUCUAAUCGGCAUGUGCGUGGGAGAGACACGCACCAUCAUCAUCCCACCCUUCCUGGCCUAUGAGGAGAAGGGAUAUGGCACAGUGAUUCCAUCCCAGGCCACCCUGGUGUUUGAGGUCUUCAUGAUUGACCUGUUCAACCCUAAGGAUGACAUUGCCGUGGUGGUCAAGGAGGUGCCUAAGACCUGCACCCGUAAAACAGUGGUGGGAGACUACAUCCGUUACCACUAUAAUGGCACCUUCCAGGACGGCUCUGGCUUUGACACCAGCUACCAGCGCAACAGCACAUACAAUACCUACAUUGGCAUGGGCUAUGUGAUCCAGGGCAUGGACAAGGCCCUCCAGGGGUUGUGUAUUGGGGAGAAGAGGCGUGUCAUCCUUCCUCCUCACAUGGCCUAUGGGGAGAAGGGAACUGGAGACAUCAUCCCUGGCUCGGCCGUGCUGGUCUUCGACAUCCACGUUAUCGACUUCCACAACCCGAAGGACCUCAUUGAGAUCAAAGUGACCAGCAAGCCCAAGAAGUGCAACCUGACCAGUGAGGUGGACGACCUGAUCCAGUACCGUUACAACUGCUCCCUGAUGGACGGCACCCUGCUCUACUCCUCGGACCACUAUGAGAAAGCCCCCAUCACCACCCUCGGAGCCAACAAAGUGAUUGAGGGUCUGGACGAGGGCCUGAGGGGCAUGUGUGUGGGAGAGAAGAGAGUGGUGAUCGUCCCACCCCAUCUGGGACAUGGAGAAAAUGGAGCCAAGGGCGUUCCCAGCAGUGCCGUGCUGCACUUUGAGCUGGAGCUGUUGGACCUGCAGAAGGGAGUGCCUGACGGCUACAUGUUUGUGUGGCUGGGAGACAGCCCAGAUCCCCUGUUCCCUGCCAUGGACCUCAACAAAGAUCUAUCUGUCCCUCUGGAGGAGUUCACAGCCUUCAUAAACCUCCAGGUGGCGGAGGGCACAGGUCGCCUGAGGCCAGGGAUGGAUGCUGACGGCAUCAUCAAGGACAUGUUCAACAACCAGGACCGCAACAGGGACGGCAAGAUAGUGGCUGAGGAGCUCAAACUGAAGGUGGAGGAGGAUUCUGACAAGGCCCUACAUGAGGAGCUGUGAGGGGGAACAGUCGAGCCGGGCAGAGGGGUGUGGGGACGGAGAGAGACAACAGACAGUAUCUAUGCAAAUAGGGGGUUACCAACUAGUGGAGCUCCUUAAAUUGUUUUUAUUAUGUAGAAAACACAGGAGGUUGGUGACAUCUUAAUUGGGGAGGAUGGGCUCGUGGUAAUGG